AUUCUGGCACAAGAUGACAUACUCCCCAGACUAGUAUAAGUACGCCCUUGAUAUAGAGGUCAAGAGCAGCUUAUCUCUAUUCGAGAUGCCAUUAUCCGCUUUUGAUCAUUCUGUGGACUUCACGGUAGGAGGGCGGGUGUUCAAAACCUAUUACAAAGUUUUAGGCAACUUGAAAGCUGGUCAAUGCCCUGUUGUCAUGCUGCAUGGUGGCCCGGGCAUGAAUCAUAUCUAUAUGACGCCCCAUGACCUGCUUUUUACGGAUGCUAGUAUUCCGGUGGUAUACUAUAACCAAAUCAGUUACCGUGACUUUCCAAACUCACCUGCAGAAUUUUGGAGCAUGGAAUUAUUCAAGGAUGAACUCGAUAAUCUUCUGAACCAUCUAGGAAUUAGAGGGAAUUUUGUUCUUCUUGGUCAUUCCUGGGGAGGCACCAUAGCAAGUGAUUAUGCCGUCACUCGUAUGCACCAGGGGCUCAAAGGGCUGAUUGUUGCAAAUACAUUCUGCUCUGCAAAGCUCUACAGAGAGGGUGUUGCCUUUUGGAUUGAUGCAUUACCCAACGGGCUUCCAGAAAUCAUCAAGAAGCACAAAGCAAAUGGAACAACAGACGCAGAAGAAUAUACUAAAGCCAUGCAAUUGUAUAAUAAUUUGCAUAUAUGUACUCUUGAUCCAUGGCCCCAACCACUUGUAGCCUCAUUGGAUUUUUCAAAGGGAAACCGGCAUCCGGAUUUCAACAUGAGCAAGAUUCUUAAAGAUUGGGAUGUAACAAAUGGCCUGCAUAAAAUUACAUGUCCCACUCUUCUUAUCAGCUCACCAGUUGAUGAGAUGUGGGAGCCUUGUGUAAAGCCAUUUUUUGAAGGGAUACCCCUCUGUAAAUGGGUAGAAUUUCAGAACAGCUCCCAUCUUCCAAUGUAUGAGGAGCCUCAACGAUAUUUACAGAUAGUUGUGGAUUUCUUCAAUGUUGCACUUCAACGCUGAAGCUUGUGGGUCAAUAUAGGCAAUGGUUGUCCUUGGGUGGUUAGGAUUUCAAAGUCACUAGUGAGGUGUUAGAUCAGUUAAUUCAUGUUUUUUCACAUGUUGUCUAAGAGUCAGUUGGAUGUGCAGAGCCGCCCUGACUUUACUUGUGUCAGAUUCCUG